UUGACGUAGUUUACUGUGUUUUUCAUAUACAUUUUGUGUUGUGCAAUUGAAAUAAGUAGAAAAAUUCAAACGAUAAAAAUAAAAUAUUUCAAUAAGUUUUUAAUUAUCAUAAAAAUGGAAAUAUUUCUGAUUAAAACUUUUGAAAAAAACUCAAAACUUUAAACUUUACGUUUUAAUUGCAAAUUAUAUGUUUUUUGUUGUAUAUUAUAUUCAUUUUUUUAACCGAACACUAACAACGUGACACAAGUGACAAAAUUCAGUUUCUGUUUAGUCUCGUUAUCUCAGUACUAGUAUUACAGCUUGAAUGUAGUGAAUUUGACUCAAUUGAUUUGGGAUUUUAAAAUAAUACUGAAUAAAUAUGGGUUUUGUCUUAACAUUUUUAAGUAUUUUUUUUAAUGAGUACGAUAUACCUUCGGAACCGAUAAAGUUUAUUUUUGAAAUGCUGUUGAUUGUACUGUGUGGCAUUCCAAAAAUUAUCGGAGCAACCAUUUCGUAUGUUUAUUUUCCACCAGAACCGAAAAAUGUCGAAGGAAAAUUAAUUUUGAUUACAGGGACCGCCCGGGGAAACGGCCGUGAGCUGGCCAUACAAUUUCACAGGUUGGGGGCGAAAAUUGCGUGCGUUGAUAAGGACGAAGUGGGCAAUAAUGAAACGGUCGAUCGGAUCAAGGCGGAAGGCGGCCAAGCGGUGGGAUUUAAAGUGAAUAUUACCGACAAGGAGCAGGUAAUGAUGAUGCACGCGGCCGUGAGAGAUCAAAUGGGUCCCGUAGACAUUCUCGUUAACAAUGCCGCCGUUGUCGAGACGACAUUGUUCGCCAAUCCGGAAGCCGACGACACCAUAUCGGAAAUAGUCAACACGAAUUUACUGGGUCAAAUUUGGGUAAUCAGGGAAAUACUUCCAUCGAUGUUGGAAAGGAACAGUGGCCAUAUCGUUACAAUAUCAUCGAUGACGUCAUUUAAAGGGCUGCCUUUACUUUUUACUUAUUCUGCGACAAAAUUUGCUCUAACUGGUAUGAUGGAAAGUUUAACUAAAGAACUUAAAUUAAUGAAAUCAGACGUGAUUACUACAACGGCUUGUCCGUAUUUUAUCGCAAACUGUCCGGACAAAUCAAAAAGACGAAUAUUGAGACUUCCAGAAUUACCAAUCGAAGAUGCUUGCGCAAUGAUAAUCGAAGGAAUAUUACGUAAUGAACGAGUUUUUACGAUUCCAGAUUAUGACUUUUACGCGCUGCCAUUUAUAAAGUUUUUACCUGAAGAUUUGCAAGAAAUGGUUGAAGACUUCGUGUAUUCAAACAUCGAACCAACGCCGGACGAAGAAAAAGUCAUACAAAAAUAUACAAAAUUCGCGGAGAUGAACAAACCACAGAUAUCAAUGUUUGCACCAUGUUUAAAAAUGGGCAGCGUACUAGAUUAAUUUGUAGAAAUAUAUUAUAAUAUCAUUUUUAUUGUUUAAAAAUAUUAUAUUUUAAAGGAUGUUCGAUAAAAAUAUUGGUAAAUAAUAGUUCUUAGUUUAAGCUUUAAACCAAUUUUACAUUAUAAUGUGUACGUAUGGGUUUAUACAUUUUUGUUAAAAAUAAUAUAUUCAUUUAUACGAUACUAUGUAUUUUAGUAAGUAUAAUAAUUGUAUAUUAUAUUAUGUACAUCUACGAUAUUUUGUAUGUUUAUGUUUAAUUUGGUAGGCUCGGUAAAAUUUCAAAAUCUAUCAAAAAGUUAAAAUGAUAAAUAAAACACACUUAUUAUUAGAAAAU